UCCUCCACGCUUCAAGAAAGCGAAAGCAUCAGCAAGAGAGAGCGCCAGUCCGACGAUCAAUCACCAAACGUAUUUGAAUCAUCUAAUAGCUGCAGCAGAAGCAGGUACGAUGUCGCUCAUCCCAAGUUGGUUCGGCGGCCGUCGCAGCAACGUCUACGACCCCUUCUCGCUCGACCUCUGGGACCCCUUCAAGGACUUCCCUUUCCCUUCCUCCUCCCUCUCCGCCUCUAAUUUCCCUCAAACUUUCCGGGAGAACACCGCUUUUGUCAACACGAGGAUCGACUGGAAGGAGACCCCGGAAGCCCACGUGUUCAAGGCUGAUCUUCCCGGGCUCAAGAAGGAGGAAGUCAAGGUCGAAAUUGAAGACGAUCGGGUGGUCCAGAUAAGCGGCGAGAGGAACGUGGAGAAGGAGGACAAGAACGACACCUGGCACCGGGUGGAGAGAAGCAGCGGGAAGUUCAUGAGGAGGUUCAGGCUGCCCGAGAAUGCGAAGAUGGAUCAGGUGAAGGCCUCGAUGGAGAACGGGGUGCUCACCAUCACUAUUCCCAAGGUGGAGGAGAAGAAGCCUGAGGUCAAGGCCAUUGAGAUCUCUGGUUGAAUCCAGCUUCUUUGUGGUUGCAGGAAUGAGCAGUUCUCUGUCCAAUAAUGUUCAGAUUUUCGUGAAAAACUACAAUUUUGGAUUGUUUUCUUUCGUUAAUGUGUCAUGUAAGAAGCUGUUGUGUGUCGCUGUAAUCAAGCGCCAGUGUGGCGCUUGAAUAUGAAUAACUUUGAUGGGUUUUGCAGUAUUCCAUCUCUGGGUUGCCCGAUCUGGAUUCAAUUGAGCUAUAUAUAACACUUGGUACCGGAGCAGUACCGUGUUAGUCAUCGAUUUUCAGUUGUUGUAAGGGCCUUUAGCCAAAUUUGAAGAUCACUGUUUGUUCGAAA